AUGGAGAGGGGGGCAUACGAUAGAUGGAUCAUCGCCGGCUCCGCCCCUUGCUCUGCGCUUUACACGAUAAAAAGGCAGUGCUUGCGAUCGUUAUUUCAUUGGUUUCACUGUUCUGCUUUGACUUCCCCUUGUUCCGGUGUAAUGGGAUCAACUACGGUAUAUGUUCUCCUAACAUUCCUACAGUUCUGUUCAUUCAUCGCAACAGUUCUCUCCAGCCCAUUUAUGCCGGGCUAUGGUGACAGCAUGAUGGGAAUGGGAGGAUACGGUGGUGGCAUGGGAAUGCAACCUGGAAUGGGAAUGCAACCUGGAAUGGGAAUGCCUGGUAUGGGAAUGGGUGGCGGACCUCUAUUCCCUCCUUUUGGUCCUGCUCCCAUGGGUCCACCUGGUAUCAUGUUUCCUUUCUACAAGAAAUGA